AUUGAUUGGACGGUAGGUAUUUCAGCAAGGUCCACGAAUCUCCAGGCAAAGGCCUUGAUUCAGCUGAGAUCACUGCGCUCCUCCAUCAUCCUCCGCGGUAGGGAUGCAAGCGGCGAGGAACGCUUUCCUUCUCGUGAGAUCGUUCCCUCCUCCAGCGGCGCCGAGAUGGUUUCCGGCGGGAUCGAGGAGGGUUUCCUCCCAAGAUUCGGCGGCGGCCAUGUUAUUGGAGAAGCAGGAGGUCACUGAUCGAGUCCUCGAUCUCCUCAGAUCCUGCCCCUUCAUCGAUCCCUCCAAGGUGAGCCCAACUGCAAAUUUUAAGAUCGAUCUGCAGUUGGAUAUGCUGGACAAUGUGCAAGUUAUGGUGGCUGCAGAAGAGGAAUUUGCAGUUGAAAUUCCCAACAGUGAGGCCGACAAAAUCUCAUCUGCUGCUCAUCUCAUCGCCUACAUUGCAGCCCAUCCACAAGCCAAAUAACUCUUUCUUUAUAGUGAACCUGGACUCGGUGUUGUUUGUAAUAACCGCACUGUGGACCAUUUUCCUUGCAGCCUUCAGAUGAUUGUCUCAAUAUCUGGCAGGACUUUCUCAUCUCAUUGAUAAAAAAAUGCUCGGAAUCUCUCUUUCUUUUUCAUCUUUUGGAUCUUUGAUCUGGUUGAGGCUGUUUGAAGAAGUGCCCUCGCAAUUAAAUUUUUGAUCUUGCACA